AGGAGCGCUGAUUGGCUGAGCGGCAGUAGCCAUGCGGUGUGUGUGGUGGGCGCUGAGUGCCGUGCUGUGUCUGCAGGGGGUCCGCGGCCUCGACAAUGGCCUGGCCCGUACCCCCCCCAUGGGCUGGUUACACUGGGAGAGGUUUCUGUGCGAGACCAACUGUGUGAAGAACCCGACGGGCUGCAUCAGUGAACAGCUCUUCAUGCAGAUGGCAGAUGUGAUGGUAUCAAAUGGAUGGGUAAAAGCUGGAUACAAAUACCUGUGCAUUGAUGACUGCUGGUUGGCUACACAGCGGGAUGAAAACAAUAGAUUGCAAGCAGAUCCCACAAGAUUUCCUGGAGGAAUCAAGAAAUUGGCCGACUAUGUUCAUGCUCACGGAUUACUGCUUGGAAUAUACCAGGACGUGGGUAAAAAAACAUGUGCUGGAUAUCCAGGAAGCCAGGGAUUUUAUGAGUUGGAUGCACAAACCUUUGCUGACUGGGGAGUAGAUCUGCUCAAAUUUGACGGUUGUUACUAUGAAACUCUGGAGAAACUUGAAGAUGGAUACCGCCGUAUGUCCAUAGCAUUGAACCAGACAGGUAGAAAUAUAGUGUAUUCUUGUGAGUGGCCAUUGUAUGCUCGUCAUUUAUCGAAGGUCAAUUAUACUGAAGUGGCUGAGUACUGUAACUCAUGGAGAAAUUUUGAUGAUAUUCAAGAUUCUUGGGCAAGUGUAAAGACGUUGAUAGAUUUCACUGCAGCUUUACAAGAUCAGCUGGUUCCUGCAGCUGGGCCCGGAGCAUGGAAUGACCCAGACAUGCUUGUUAUUGGUAACUUUGGCUUGAGCUGGGAUCAAGAAGUCACACAAAUGGCUCUUUGGUCCAUCAUGGCUGCUCCAUUGCUAAUGUCUAAUGAUUUGCGAGAUAUCAAUCCAAGAUCCAAAGAACUUUUGCAGAACCAAGAAGUCAUUGCCAUCAACCAAGACCCCCUUGGUGUCCAGGGGUACAGAGUGCUUAUGGUAGAUGGCUUUGAAUUGUGGGAAAAGCCUCUUGCUGGAGGAUGUCUUGCAGUUUCUGUGACAAAUCGCUACGAGAUAGGUGGUGCUCAACAGUUUCUUCUGUCACGUAGCAUGCUCUGGAAAGGAUUAGCUUGUAAAAACAAGUGUUACUUGACACAGUUGCUUCCCACGCGGUAUGAGUACGGCAGCUUCAAUGCAACAUUCUUCGUGCAACUAUCAGUGAACCCCUCAGGCACGGUAUUGUUGAGGGUGGAAUAAGCACUGCAGCUUGGAUCACAAUGACUGGUGCAAUCAACUGGUUUUGGAAAUACUGUAGGUUACUGAUCGCUGAAAUAUUUAAAUUGCUUAAUUGGAUCACAAUGAAUAGUGCAAUCAACUGGUUUUGGAAAUACUGCAGGUUCCUGAUCACUUAAAUAUUUAAAUGGCUAAAGGGGGUUGUCUAGCUUCAUUUACGUUAUGGCCUGCUCUCAGCUGUUUGGGUGUAGCUCUGUCCAUGGAAAUCAGCACCACAAGUACACAGCACUGUCAACGUAGCAGUGACAGCGCUCGUCUCGCAGCUCUGCUCCCAUUAAAAUCAUUGCCCACGCUCUCCACUACAGCUUUGACAGUGCUGUUUAGUUCCAGCGCUGAUUUCUGCCAAUGGGGCUACAGCUGACUGGCAGGGUGUCAGACCCCCGCCGAUCAGCUAGUGAUGGCCUAUCCUGAGGAAAAGACUGGACAACUCCUUUAAAAUAUCAUGGUUUUAGGGACGAGUUUAUUUUGUGAGGAGAUGCAAACAAGUGUGUUCCUAAAAAAAAAACCCCACAGAAAGGAGAGACUACCUAAAUCACUUUAUCAGAAGCCUCUGCCUUCUACUGGUUUUCAACUUACAGACAUGGAAGCACAACUGUGUGACUGAGUUUCAAAAUAGCCAUCUCCACUGACUUUAAUGCCCUAAUGCAAAAUGACAUACAUAUACACCAUCUGCGGGCUAUACAUGCUGCAGAAUGUUGUACAUGUGUGCAGGAGCCUGGCUGUAACUAACAUCCAGGUUCCAGCUGCAGUGGUUGAGAUUGGUGAUACAGGUGCUUUCACACAGUUUUUUUGCAGCAUUUUUUGCUGUAAAAACAGCAGCUCCAGAUGUUGACUCGGUCUAUGGGAACAAGCGUUCUUUUUGCUCCUGUCAUUUUUGUUAUUUAGGUGGAAUUAUUUGUCUUUCUGGCUUCUUUUCAAUAAGCAGCAUGCUGCAGCUUAUUCCAGUUUUUCAGGCAUUUUCACAUUACCUUCUCUAUAGGGGAAAAAGACUCUAAAAAUGCUAGUGGUAAGAUGCACUAUGUGCAAAAAUUGCAGAAAAAAAAUCACUUGCGCUUAUUCUGCCAUUUUUUCUGUUUUAAAAAAAAAAAAAACUGCCAAAUUCAUGUGUGUGAGGACCCUACUACCGAUUCUUCCACAUCAGUAAUGACCUAAACUAUUUAGUUGGUGCAUUAAACCAUGAACACCAAGAAAAAAAAAAAUGUAGAAUUGCUGUUUUUGUACCUCCCAAAAGCUGAAUAAAAAGAAAUUAAAAGGUUAUAUGUAUCUGUAACAUGAAUUUGAAAGAUUUGAUGAUGAAUAAGCUUACACAGGCUAAGUGAAUAAAUAUUUACUAAGUGUGAUUACAUAUAAGAUAAAACAGACAAAUCACAUAUAGAAUAACAAAAAGUAAAUAAUCCUCAGUAGCCUCCAUAUGCAAUAUGGGGUAGGACACCAGUCGGCCAUGCUAUGUCCGACAACACAUGCAACAUCACAUGACUGUCUACCACGUUAUAACACAUGAAUGACACCCGAAGGUAUAUAAGAGAUGGGGCAAAUCAUUAUUUACAUUGUACUUAAUAUGAAGUUCCAAGUGAAGUCCCCAGUAAUUGUCUAUGCUGACCACAAUUAUUCCCUUCAGCCCCUCCCCCAGUGUGCAUCACGUUUGUCCCUGAGAUCACUCAGGAAUUUAGCGUUAUCAGCACAAGGGGCAUGGGUACUACAUUACAAAGAAUAUCCUUACACAGAAUACUAAAAGUAAUAUGAGACAAAAUUAAAGGGACAGAGCCAAUCAGUACUUAAAAAUACCCUUACAAUACAGUAUCCCAAAAUUAUACCAAUGAACAUUAUACA